GCUGCCCCUGGGGUUUAAUGGCUUUGCAGAGAAGCUCCUGCCUGGCAUAUUGAGCUGCUCCAGAAGGUCUAACCCAUAAGCAGUCCAGCAAGACUAUGAAUCUCUGUUCCAAAUGCUUUGCUGAAAAAAGAAAUCCACACAACGAAAAAGAUUUCCAGAAGAAGCAGCCAGACGAUGACUCUACUCCCAGCACAAGCAACAGCCAGUCAGAUUUGUUCUCUGGAGAAACGAACAGUGACAACAGCAAUACCUCUCUAACCACGCAGGCCGCUAACUCCAACCAGCAACUUUUGACAGAACUGAAUGUAACUUCACCGAGCAAAGAGGAAUGUGGGCCAUGCACAGGUACAGCUCAUGCCUCGUUAACCACACCAACCAAAAGAUCUUGCGACUCAGAUUCACAGUCGGAGAGUGAGGCUUCUCCUGUGAAACGGCCACGGCUACUGGAUGACAGUAAUGACAGGCCUGAAGAAACCAGUCGAUCCAAACAGAAGAGUAGACGCCGAUGCUUCCAGUGCCAAACAAAACUGGAGCUAGUACAGCAGGAACUGGGAUCGUGUCGCUGUGGUUAUGUGUUCUGUAUGUUGCAUCGCCUGCCUGAACAACACGACUGCACAUUUGACCACAUGGGACGUGGGCGUGAGGAAGCCAUUAUGAAAAUGGUGAAACUGGAUCGGAAAGUAGGGAGAUCUUGCCAACGCAUUGGCGAAGGAUGUUCCUGAGUGCAAGACUGCAACCAAAUGCUGUUCUCUUAGUUCACUAAUGUUAGCCUUAUUUAGGACAAAGUCAGCCAGACACCUUGUACUAGGCAAGUUUCAGACUACAGCCAAUCAGUUUCCUUUCUUUAGCCAACCGUCCUGGUACUGUAGUUUAGGGGUUGAUGGUGGUUGAAAUUGAUUUCUGGCUGGUUACUAAGGUGCCUGCUAGCCACCGUAUAAAAAUAAAACAUGAAGAAAUAUUAUUUUUGAGCAUGGCUAGUGGAUUUAAACAAAACAAAAAAAAAUCCAAAGGCUUCUGUUUUUGCUGGAGUCACUCUAAAAGCCUUACGCUGGAAACAUUCCAGCUGCAGAGUUAAAACAAAUAGUUGUAUAGAAGCUGGUGUAAAAGUUUGCUAUGCACAUGGCUUUUGGACAAACUGUUUAAUGUGCAGCCUUUCACCUCUUCACUGCUAGUGAAUCCUGAGGAGGUGAAAUACUACUAAGAGCAGCAACUGCAGCUGCUUAAGCCCAGAAGACCUGACUGGUCACUCGUGCCUUCAUCGCGUGUGGCUUUUGAGUUAGGCAGUGUCACCAGCAUCAGGGAUUCUGCUGGGGUAGGAACAUCUUUCUGGUUCUUCCCAGGAAGCCAAAAAGAAAGGGGGACAGAGAUUCUUAUGAAAAAUUUUUAUAUCUAUCUUACUAUAAAGAACCUAUCGGGUUUUUUUUUUUUCUUUCUUCUCAGUUAAAUUAUGAUCUCACUUUAAAGCCAACUCCAUCCCAGAGCAGUAAAUGGUGCAUACUUUUUACAUGGCAUCCACAGAGAUUCUACGAGUUGUGUGAACAGAUUCUACAUACCUUGAGCAGUGCAGCCAUUCCCACCGGCCGAAACCUGAUUGGCUCUUGUUUGCCUUUUGCUAAGUGCAGGUAUCUGAUAAUUGAUCAAAUAAGGCUAAUUCACAGCACAGUAGCCAUGGCUGGAUUCUACAGACUGACUUUCUGUAGCUAGACUUAUAUAUUGGGGAAAAAAAAGGACAUUUUGUAGCAAACGGAAUUCAGUAACAGUAUUGGGGAACAACCGGUAAAAACACCCUUUAUCAGAUUGAGUUUGUGUUCCUCACUUCCAGAGUGUCAAUGAGAUAAUCAAAUGGGCCAUAUCAGCCCUCUUUCUAUGCAGCUGAACGCUCUCAUGAAAAUCUCUGCCCGCAUCUAUUGCAAAGCGAGUAUAGCAAGUGAAUGUGAAAAGUAUUACAUGGAGUAGAAUGUUUUGGAUCUGUUUAGACCUAUGGUUCUGUAUUACGGUAUGUCACGUUGAGCUGAGCUGAACUGAAUUGCACCAAUCUUGUCAGUUUGGAAACGAAAAAGCAAACAUCAUAAUCGGCAUGUCUCCUGCUGCACACAGGGUUUAUGCAGGUAAAAAGGAUUUGUACCGACGUGGCCCAGCUUAAUCCUGAGUGAAUUUAGCUUCUCAGUCUAUUAGUAAGGUGUUAACAAUCAGGCAAAUUUGUAAGAAAAUCUGAGGGAGGGAAAGAUUUUUGUCUCAUCUUCAAAUACUGGGCAGAUACAAAACAUCAGAGGGGUGAAGUAACGUGUCACUUGGAAAACCCCAGCGUUUUAGGAGUAAGCUUGUGUGAGUCAUCCUCCAUUCUACUUGUUACAGGUAACUAACUCCUUAUAGGCCAAAUUAUAUUGUUACUUUGGUAGCCAGCUAGGAGCAUUUAACGAGGAGACAACUAAUUAAAAAAACAAAAAAAAGAAGAAUAUAUAUGUCUCUCCACACACACACUCAGCAUCUGACUGUAUUAGCGUUCAUUAACCACGAAGCAAAUCAGAAGUGUCCCAUCAUUAUAAAAUGCAAGCUAUCCAAAAGCAAGCUGUUUUUUUUAUUAUUGUUAUUAUUCAAGAAUAUGAAACCAGCAGCAAAAUCUUCUGUAAUGUGCUGCAUUUUCAGGAAGUGGUCCUGGUGAGAGGGACGGUCCGAGGAUAUUAUUUACAUUUGCCGUGAGGAGUUUAAAAAAACAUGGAUUUUGGCGGCUGCUGUGAUACGCACUUUCUUUUCCUACAAAACCCUAUCAUAGCAUUUGAUGGGCAUUCUGAUUGAUACACAAGACUUUUCUGCAUUAAUACUGAAGAUGCUAUUUUGUUCCUCCUUAAUAUUCUCUUUAAUCUCGUUACAAGUGCACAGAUGGUUUCAAGGUGGCUCUUGAGAGAACACUACUUAAAGUUCAUGUGAAUUAUGGACAAUGUUCACUUUAAACAAAAAAGUUGGGGAGGGGGUUGUUCCUUUGCAGUAUCUGUUCUGUGAAGUUUGUUAAACGUAAAGAAAGCUUAAGUUCUUGUAUCUUAAAAGAAGAUCUUAUUUAACCCUUUUGUGUUCUAGAUUUACUUACACAUGUAGCCUAGAGCUCAGUUUUAGUUUAACAUUGUGAAAAUAUUAAAAGAAUCUUGUAACUUUAUUCUUUUUCCUCCUGCUAAAAAAAAUUAAACCAAUCAGAUUAAAGUUUGAAUUCCUUUCUGCCUAUUCCAACAGGUCUUGCUAUUUUGCACCAUUUCUGCUGCAAGUUCAUGUAAGAAAUAUGAAUGGGGAAAAUACCAACGUUAGGCCAGUAACUUCUCGCUGAAUUUACAAUUGGUGGAAGGUGGACAGUAUUUUCUGCCAGUUUGGAAGGGGAGGAUGAUAUUUCUGCUGUGUUUAAGUUUAGUCAUUUAUUUUGUAUGCAAAUCUACUGUAGCCUGAGUAUUGGUCAAUUUAAUUUUGAGGUUAGAUACAGUAAUCAAAUGAACAAGUUGCUCAUACUCAAGUCAAAUGCAUAUUGUGCACUAUAUCAUUGGCAUCAAAGUUUUAAAAUGUCUUAAAUGUUCUUUCAUGCAUUUCGCAACUUCUGCACCUAGAGUAGCUGUAUCCCAAAUCACAACAGGCUGUAUUCAUAAUGGAUAAGUAGAGAAGUAACUAUUGUUUCUUAACCAUUUAGAUGCUAGAAACACAAGGCUAAUUAAAAAACAAUAGACUGUAUUAGAAGGAGCGAGAAUAUCAAGGUGAUUAUUUAAAAACAAUUUUGAAACUUGUUUGGAAUUGAAAUUGUGCCUGAUUCAUCGGACACGUGCACCCAUUUUUUCCCCUCAAAUUAGUAUGGUACUUUCAAUUAUAAAACUGCGUGAUUCUUGAACAAGAUGGCUGUGUUACAGUAAAGGUAAGUUACAUAAACCAGAUCUGCCUUUUCAUCAAGUUUCAAAUCUGUAGCUGGGUGCAAGCCAACGCUUCAAGCAAAACCAAGAAUUGCCCAUGAAGGUUGCUAUGCCAGAGCCUGUCCUUAAUUGCACUGGUUUCUGUUUUGAAGCAGUUCAGAGUCUUGAAUAAGAAGCAAUCUAACUGCAAAAUGAGGUACUUCAGAAUAUGAACUACUCUUCAGUAGUGCACAGGCAACACCCGGAAAAGAGUCCUGGUGCAAUUACAGCAGUCCGAAAGUAAUAUUAACUGCUUUUAUCUAUUCCAUGGAAGGUGAUAAAUAUGUUCAAAACUUGAAUUUUGCAUGACUUUCUUCUUUUGAACAAAUUGCAAUCCCCUGGCCUUUUGAACACAAUGUCCUGUUUGUAUUUAACCUUGUACUCGUGGUGUUUCAGUUCAUUCUACAGUCAUAGCAGUUCCUUCUUUGACUAUGCUACAACUUAGAUAUAAAUCUCUAAGGGAUAAAAGCACUUUUUUUAAUCUUACAAUGACUAUCUCAGUACAAAGACUCGCCAGGGAAGAAAACUGAUACUAAUGUAUCAGGUGUCAAAAAAUAUAGCUUUUAUAAUAGAUUCCAAGAAAUACAUCAGUGGAAUAAUUGACAGCACCUAUGCUCACAGUUGAUGUGUACACAGUUAAGUGCCCAGACAAAUGAAUUAACGUUCUCUUUGUUGUGUAGUUACUGACAUCAUCUGUCAUCAGUGGAACAGCAAAGAGAAGGUCUAAUCGAAGUAAUCCCUUAAGUCACAAUGAGAUUGUAGCCAAUUCAUGCUGGAAAUAAUUUUGUAUGCUCCUGGGAACUUCUAUACCUAGAAAACAAAUGGCAAAAUUUAAGACAAGACUACUUAACAUGUACUGUAUUUAUUGGCACCAGAUGUUUAUUUAAUCACUCAAAUACUUGAUUAGAAUUCUGCACACAGAACAAAAACAAUAUAAGCAGUAGUAAGCUGUGGUUCAACACAAAAGCUGAUGUGGCAGGAGCUGCUGUGUAAGGAUACAGUUCUAGUGUAACCAGUUCAUAAUCUUAUGCUUAGCUGAGACUGUGUCUGUACAUACUUUGCUACACAAAGGACCACACUAGAAAAACAGUGCAUAAGAUUAAACUGUUCAAAAGUAUUCACAGUGCACGUUUUUUAUAUGGUGAACUGGUGCAAUAGUGGGCUUUAUCUCUCACUGUCAGCAGCUUUUCCAGGAGAACAAACUUUAAUGCUGCUGGAAAGAGCCACUCUUAAAUAACAGUUCUCAAAGACGUCAGUGAGAAGGACAUAUUUUUCUUUCUCUUCCUAGUCUUCAUUCAUUUUUCCUUUUUGUUGAGGCAGUCAGCAUGUGCAGCUGGGCAUUUGAAAGUAGUUCUGUUUGACUGUUGCUCUUUUUGGCUUUUCAGUACUCGCCACAGGAAAAAAAGCAUUAACUUUGUUCUUGCAAGCCCCUGCACGUUAGUUCAAGCAGAUUAAAAUAUGGAUGUUGGUCUAUAGAAGUGAUAACUGCCUUGUGUAUAGGCUAUUUCUUCAAUUAACUGAAACUUAAUGCAGACAUGAUUUACUUGUUCUGGAUGUUAGGCUAUGGGAUUUUUGAACUUCAAUUCUGUGAUAUCGUUCAUAUACACCUUCCCAUAAACCCUGCAUGCCUCAUCUUCCAAUCUGAAGUUGGAAGGAGGAAAGAAGGCGUGAAAGCAGGAGGUAGAGGAUGCAAAUUGACAAGUGCUUAGGGAUCACAUCCACUUUCCUCUUCACAUCAGCUCAGAUCAUAAAAUGGUAAAGAGGCAAAUAAUUACUUGCCAAGCAGCACCAACUUUCUUGACUUGGUACUACGGAAGACUGUUUGCUUUAUCUUUGUGAAUAUACCUGUGUAGAGUUUGUCUGAGUCAAUUUGCAACAUAUGUUAUAUGCAAAGAAAUGAAACAGGACUGUCAUAAUUAGAAAACAUUUUUGAUGGAUUAUUUAGUAAUAACUAUGUAUUUUGCUACAGGACCUUCCUAUUUUGCAAUAUGCUGCUAUUUUCUUUGGAAGAAAAACAAGCAGAACUUUAUAAGACUAACAGUAAACGAUUUCAAAUUCAAUACAUGCAUCUGAAGCAUUAGGAAAAGAUUUCUGAAAUUAUAUAUACUUUUUAAAGACUAUGACUGCAUCCUCUAACAAAAGGGUUUUGUUCUUCAGAGAGUAGCAAGUGUUGAUGGCAAUGGUUUAACCAUAAGCAGAAUGUUCCUUUCUGCUAGGUUUGUGCACAGCUAAUAACAUGCAAUAGGAUGCUGUGAGUUAUUAACUUGUAGCACGGUGCAGUGACUGUGUAAGUACUGAGAAUAAAAUUAUAGAGACCUACUCUUGUCUGUCGGCUCUCCCUUCACACCAAAGGACAGAAGAUGGCACCCACUAUUUCCUCAUUGCUUAGUCCCUUUUAUUCUUUUCUGAGUUGCAGAAGACACUUUCCUUCCCUCUACCAAGCAUGCUGAGGGAGGAUGGGAAACCAUAUUCUAACUAUAGUUCUAAACACUUCAGGGUUUUUAAAGAAAAAAAAAAGUUGACAUCUCUGAAAGCACUGUUGAAGUCAUCUGCUGUAUCAGAGAUGCAACACCAGAAGGAGCUCUCUUCAGGGUCCUCAGAACACUUGAAAAUGGUGCAGUUUUUUCCUCCUCUUAAAUUGUUCAGGGUCUCUUUGAAGUAAAGUAGCAAUCCUUUAAAAAAAAAAAAAAAGGCAUGGUGUUGUAUCAUCUUUUGAAAGGAAGGCUGGCCUGCAUGAUCAGCACUUCUGCAUUAAGAAACCUAAAUGAAAGGUUCAUUGUUAACACCUGAAAUGCUUAGUCUCAUCUCUCUACUUUUCAAAGGAACAAAUAAAUGCAAGACUUUUAAAGGAGGGAGAAGAGAAUCUGAGCCCUCUGCUAGAUAAGCUAAAUUCAGAAUUCAUUCUUCAUUCUAGCAAUAGUUUGUCUUUGUCUUCUUCUGCAGUGUUUCAAGUAUAUUACAUUUGCUUUAGAUUCCUGAAAGCUUUAGCUAGACCAGUUUCUGGAGACAUCUUUUAACAUACUACAUUUGGCAGCAGCAUGAGGAAGAUGAUGAGCUCCAAGAAUAAGUUAAAUUUUAAGUUAACCACUGUUGGCUAGCACAACUGUUCUUGUCUAGACUAGAGUUUUAAAGUGAUGGCUAGCUAAAAAUGUUUUAACUGAUCCACCUGUAUCAGCUUUGCAUGAAUCCUACUCCUUUGGAUAGUCUGUCACGUGCGCAGCAGCCAGAGGUGUUAAUGUGUAUUCUGUCUGCAUGCAGACUUUCCCCUUUGUUACCCCCCAUGUUUAUAUAGAUUAAAAUACUAAUUGGGUAAGCAGCAGUUAGUUACAAAUUCUAUAGCUAUCUUCAAGUCACACUGCACACCCCUUGUUUUCUCUUUCUGUUUUUGCUGUUUGGGCUCAGGUCUUGUCAAAAAUAAUAGUUCCGAACAGAUCUUUCCAUACACAGACAUGUACACACACACAAAUCUCCUGGGACAUCAAAUGGCUGAAACGGAAUUAUGCUUCUGGGCUAAAAACAGCUUUCACUUUCUGCACACCCACAUACAUAUAAUCAGUCCUUGUCUGGCUUGUCUUCUGGGGAAACGUAGCAUGUCCCAAUAUCUCAAUUUGCCUGUUUAAUAGUAGCUGUAGUUUAAUCAUUAUCAACUACUAUAGACUUAGUUCUGGAAGCAUCAUUAUGCUCAUUUGCAAUGCCAUUAAAAAUACUCCCCCCUAACAGCUAAGAAGUUUGAGUGAAUGCUAACAGCUGGGUUACAGGUAUUUUUCAAUAGGGUGCCUCAUGCUAUUUCUAGGGGCACGGAACUCUCUGAAGGGGUGGGUGAAGGGUGCGUGUGUGUAGGUGUAGGAUCAGCUAGGUGCUGCCGACCAUAUUCCAGCUGCUACCUUAAUAGCAAUACUUUGCCUCUGUUUGAGGCAGCAACUCCUUUUAGUGGGAGCAGGGAAAUAUGUGCUAUUUGAAACUUAUUAUCCGAUACCUCUAUCAGCCUCUGUUCUAGCCCCCAUGUAGGUCUUCAUUUCUCUACUCUCUGGCUUCUCUGUUUGCUGUAAUUUCCAUAGGCUUUCUCCAUCACCCCUUUUGCAAAUUCUCCCUCAUCAACUACAAUGCCAACCCCCAAAUUGUCAUGUUCAAAGACAGAGUCUAUGUGAAGACAAUGUAAAACAGUAGAGAUGAUCACAUCUAAAGGUAUUGAGGCUUGUGUUGCCAGUAGCUGUUUCCAUCUGUGAUGAAAAUGUUAUUUUUAAGUGUUAAAUGACUGCUGCUGUUUAGUAUAUGAAAUUCCUAGAGCCGUCUUAAUACACUGUAGCAAAUAACAUUGAGGCUGAGUUGUACUUCCAAUUUAAACCCCUUCUUCAUUGCUCUUAACUUUCUUUGUGGACUUUCUCAAUAGAAGGAACCUUAAGGCUAGCUUGAUACUAGAGCCACUAGAGAUAUGCAAGCAGUGUUUAAUAGUACCUCUGCAGGUACCGAAUACCUAUCCAGACCAAGAAUAAUUUUUUUUUCUUUGUUCUGCUUUUAAUUCUUUCUAUUGUUAACCCAAUGUUGUUAUUCUGUGGAUAAAAUAUAAAGCUAUCGCUCAUUUGCCAAGUAAUGCUAAAUGUUUUUCACACUGAUUGAUUUAAAAUUAUUAGCAUGUGGUUGAUACUAUGGGUUGGUUUGCUUUCUUUACAUCAAGCUUCAUGAAGACAGUUUUCAACUGUCACAACUACUGAAACAGGCAGAUUUGAUUGACGUAGAAGCCAUGGGUCAAGUAGACCCAAGUCAAACUCCUUACAUAAAUCAGAACAAGUUCCUUGCCUUUGCUGUUCUCAGCCUGGAUAAUAAAGGUAAAGCCAAUCAUGCUGCCCCAGCUGCAUGCAUGUGCAAGUUGUCCACUGGCUCGGCAGCUGCAAUGUUGCUCUGCACUGUUAGCCCAAGCCCUGAAGGAUCUCAGGAUUCACAGAACCUAUCAUCCAUGAGUCCAUGAAGGCAAUCAAGUUGUAUAUUGUACCUGCUCUUUCUAAUCACGUUUGUUGUGUGAAACAAUAAAAUUGUUUAUAAAGAGAUAUAAUGUAUUAAACAAGAUAGUGCUGA